UGGGGCAUACUGCCUUCAGAGUCUGAGGAUAGUGACAAUGUCGAAGCUGGAAAAAGUCAAGCAGGAGGUGGUGAAAUACGACUAUGUCCGUUUUUCACUUUGCGAUUUGAAUGGCACGAGUCGUGGCCAUGUCAUCAAAGGUCGUCAUGCUGCUAAAUAUUUGGAACAUGGUCUGGCUUUGUUUGAGGGCACUUUGGCAGUUGGUCCCCGAACAGAGCAUGUGGAUUUGAACCAUGGGAAUAACCACUUCUUUGGCAACAUGAAUAUCUUUCCUGACCCCGACACCCUGAGGCCAAUUCCUUGGGCUCCAGGGUGUAUGAAGGUUGCUGAAAUACUAUGCGAGUCUAGGUGGAUGAAAGACAACACUCCACAAAUGGCAUGUCCUCGGUUUGCUGCAAGAAAACAAUUUCAAAGAUUAGCAGAUCUUGGAUGUGAUUUCUAUUCUGGUCAUGAAAUUGAAUUUACACUCCUUGACGAAACAUUGCAGCCAGUUAAUGAUGUUCCUGAUGGAUACGGCCUAAGGCUAAUGAACAAACACAGCAAAAUCUUAUUUCACUUUGAUAAGAACUUUGAAGAUUCCAAUAUUUCUGUUGAAAGAUACUAUCCUGAACUUGGUCGUGGGAUGUUUGAAGCUGUAACAACACCAAAGUAUGGAAUCGAUAGCCUCGAUAUGGCUUUCAAUCUUCAGCAAGGACUUCUAGAAAUGGCGGAUCUAGAAGGUCUUACAGCUACCUUCAUGUCUCAACCUUUUUAUAAUGAAAGUGGAUUAUGCGCGCAUUUAAAUUUUUCUCUCUGGACAAAAUCUGGAGAAAACGUGUUCUACGAUGCUGAUGCUGCAGACAAACUGUCUGUAAUUGCCAAACAGUGGAUUGCUGGUAUCCUGAAGCAUAGUAAAGCUCUCCAUGCAUUCACAUCCCCUACAGUCAACUGUUAUAGGAACAUGAGCUUGUUUUUAUUUGCUUCGUCUAUCAACUGGGGAAUAGAAAAUCGCGCCGCAUGUAUCCGCGUCAAGAACGACGGCCCUUUGAGAACUUACAUUGAAAACAGACUUCCCAGUUCUAAAAGCAACGCAUAUCUCGUGGCUGCGUCUACUAUUGCUGCCGGACUGGAUGGGGUCAUCAAGAAGAUGGAAUGCCCACCUCCAGGGAUAACAGAGCACGAUGAACCGCUACCUCGGUCUUUGGCUGAAGCUUUGGAAGAGCUGGAACAGGAUGAGGUAUUGUGUGAUGCCUUAGGGGAGGAACUGGUGACAUGGUUUGUCAAGAGCAAGAGAGAUGCGGAUAUCCCCAUGUUUGAGGGUGUUGAGACUGAUGAGGAAAGAUUUGCUAUUGAGAAAAAGGCCUACCUAUAAUCAAAUCUUGGUCAUGCAACAUGUAUAUUAUAUCCUCGUAUGUUGCCUUUAUUUUGAAACGUUUAUGAUUUAUGAAGAUAUAUAUGAUUUGUGUGUAUCCAUGGUGUGGUUUCACAGUAGAGGAAAUAUGCUAUACCACAACUAAUUAUGUUUGGUAACCAAGAUAUGAAUGUAUCCAACAUACAUUAUAUGAAGAAGACACAGAUAUAAUUAUUCAAAAGGCCAUAUUUCUUCUCGGGUUGUGGAUUUUAUUACCGAAUAAUUUGGUAGGUUGAGUUAUAUCAUGAUAAGAUGCUUUUGUCUUUUAUUUGGGUUGACAGGUGGAGGAAAGAAAAAGGCCUGGUAUCACCGAUUCUGGUCUUUUCAUAUAAUUAAAUAAGUGAUAGUUAGUUUAUGAAUUUUGUCUUCCUGUUCUUAAGUGCAAUCAUUGCACUCAUGACAGUGUUUUCAAUGUAGCAUUUCAGUAAAUGCGUGUCACUGGAUUUUAUGUUCCAUCGAUCACUUGAUUGUCUAGUUUAAUUUUCACAGCUAUUUUAUUCUUUACAUCAAAUGUAAUCUGUUUCGGAUGAUAUUCUUUUGCGUUGACGUCUAAUAUUUAGAGACCAGUGCCUACAAAUAACUCCGUGAAUGUAGGAUAUGAUUUGUAUUGAAUGUAGGAAACUGAUUUUUACGGUACCAUAGGUGGAAGUCAAAAAUGGAAUGUUUAGUAAGUAUGAUAUUUAAGCAUAAAUAUGAAGACAAGAUAUUUUUAUCUUGACCUUUAUUCGACCUUUUCACUCACUGUAAGAAAAGUCCAACUACACAAGCAUGUGUAUCAUUUGGAUAGAUGAGAUUUCCAAAGCUUAAACAAUUGUGUAUAGAUGAGAUAGCCAACACCUAAACAAUUUAGUAUACAUGAGAUAUCCAGAAAUUGUAUUUGUAUAUAUUGGUAAAGGGGAAUGAUUGCUAUAUGUUGUUAUAUGAGUGUUCUGUAAGUGCAGAAUCGACCAAUAUUAUAAGCACGUUUGAAAUAAAACUGAUAUAGUGGAGUGUAACGUGA